UGUCGCUCCUGCUUCACGAAAAAAAACCAGUCCCGUCAUAGGUGAAUCUUGAGACUAAAGAAGCUCCUCCAUUGAAAACUGACUUGUAUCUAGUUCGAUUCAGUUUUGGACCUUCGAACGCUCGUACCUGUACUUUCCAAUGCCCACGAAUUCCCUGGCCUUUAUAAUCUCUUCAAGGUUUUCUGUUGUUGUUGUAUCGCAUAUCACAAGAUGGUCUUUAAUGCUGCUUAAGUCUUAUCUCACGUUCUUCGCUUAAGUACUGUAACGCUGCAGCUUCAAGGAUCCAACUGGAGCAGAAGUCUAUUGCCUUUUCAAUUUCUACACUCCGAAAAAUAUCACAGUUAGUCUUUUAUUUCUCUGCCAAAUUUGAAGAAUGGAUUGCAAGUUGGCAGCUCUUGAUGAAUCCAAAUUGCCCAUAAAAGGCUACCAACAUGUAGAAGCACCCUGGAAGUCUUUUUCUUUGCUUAGUUUGGAGAGUAAGUCACCAAUUACAGCACCUAAGCACCCUAUUUACAGUGCCUGGAAAAAGGGUCAGUAGAUGACUACGACUGAGUCACAAAGUUGUUCAUAACUCCCUCAAACAAUGAAACAUAAUCUUAGAUCAAUAGGUGAACAGGGUAAACAUGUUUUCAGCCAGAAUCAGCAGAUUAUUCAGCUGGGAAAAUUGGGAAGAGUUGAAGAGGCCAUUGGAGUUUUUUCACUAAUGGUUCAGAAAAACCUUGUAACAUACAAUUCCAUGAUAUCAGUGUUUGCUAAAAAUGGUAGAAUUAAUGAUGCCAGAGACUUGUUUGACAAAAUGUCCCGAAGAAACCUUAUUUCAUGGAACACCAUGAUUGCUGGUUAUCUUCAUAACAAUAUGGUCAAAGAAGCUAAUGCAUUGUUUGAUGUAAUGCCUAAAAAAGACAAUUAUUCUUGGGCAUUGAUGAUAACUUGCUAUACUCAUGGGGGUCAGCUUAAAAAGGCUAGAGAACUAUUUGAGUUGGUUCCAGAUAAGUUGGACACUGCAUGUUGGAAUGCAAUGAUUGCUGGUUAUGCAAAGAAGGGUCAGUUUAAUGAUGCUAAGGAAAUGUUUGAUCAAAUGCCAGUCAAGGAUUUGGUUUCUUAUAACUCACUGUUGGCUGGAUAUACCCAAAAUGGGGAAAUGCAUUUAGCAUUUAAAUUUUUUACAGAGAUGACCGAGAAGAAUGUGGUUUCAUGGAAUUUGAUGGUGUCUGGGUUUGUUGACAUUGGUGACUUGAGAUCUGCUUUGCAGUUCUUCGAAAAAAUUCCAAAUCCUAAUGCUGUUUCUUGUGUUACAAUGUUGUGUGGAUUUGCAAGACAUGGUAAGAUCUUAGAGGCUAGGAAACUCUUUGAUAAAAUGCCUAGUAAGAAUUUGGUUUCUUGGAAUGCAAUGAUAGCAGCAUAUGUUCAUGAUUUACAAAUUGACGAAGCUGUUAAGCUAUUUAUGGAAAUGCCAGAGAAAGAUUGUCUGUCAUGGACUUCAAUAAUAAAUGGGUAUUUUAGGGCUGGUAAGCUUGACGAGGCACUAGAAACAUACAAUCGGAUGCCCUACAAAGACAUAGCAGCACAAACAGCAUUGAUAUCAGGAUUAAUACAGAAUAAAAGGAUAGAUGAAGCUGGUCAAAUUUUUAAUCAGAUGGGCACUCGUGAUGUUAUUUGUUGGAAUAGCAUGAUUGCAGGGUAUGUCCAGUGUGGAAGAAUGGAUGGUGCUCUUAAUUUAUUUACUCAAAUGCCCAUUAAGAACACGGUUUCGUGGAAUACUAUGAUUGCUGGAUAUGCUCAAGUGGGACAGAUGGACAAGGCAAUACAGAUAUUUCAGGACAUGGGGGAAAAGAAUAUGGUUUCAUGGAAUUCUCUUAUUGCAGGUUACCUACAAAAUAACUUAUUCUUUGAAGCUGUCAAGAGUUUAGUUCUGAUGGGGCGGGAAGGAAAGAAACCUGAUCGAUCAACUUUUUCAUGCGGGUUAAGUGCUUGUGCCAACCUUGCUGCUCUGCAAGUUGGCAAACAACUCCAUGAUUAUGUUCUAAAGAGUGGCUAUAUAAACGAUUUGUUUGUUACCAAUGCCCUGAUUUCCAUGUAUGCCAAAUGUGGACAGCUAUAUAGAGCAGAACAAGUGUUCAGAGAUACCGAUCAUAUUGACCUCAUUUCUUGGAAUUCCUUGAUAUCAGGUUAUGCUUUAAAUGGGUAUGCAAAAGAGGCAUUUAAGCUCUUUGAAGAGAUGUUACUAGAGGGGACGACUCCUGACAAUGUAACCUUCAUUGGAUUGUUGUCAGCAUGCAGCCAUGCAGGCUUAGCUGAUCAAGGCUUAAAUUUGUUUAAAGCCAUGAUUGAAGAAUUUGCUAUAGAACCUUUGGCUUCACACUAUAGCUGCCUGGUUGACUUGCUCGGUCGCAUGGGAAGGCUAGAGGAAGCCUUUGAAAUAGUGAGGGGAAUGAAGAACAUCAACGCAAAUGCUGGAUUGUGGGGUUCACUACUUGGAGCUUGUCGUGCACAUAGGAAUCUGGAACUCGCUAGAUUUGCUACUGAGAGGCUUUUAGAACUCGAACCGCAUAAUGCCUCAAACUAUAUUACGCUGUCAAAUAUUAAUGCUGAGGCUGGAAAAUGGGAAGAAGUUGAAAGAGUGAGGGUGCUAAUGAGAGACAAAGGAGCAGGGAAGCUGCCUGGCUGCAGUUGGAUUGAAAUAAGAAAUCAGAUACAAUCUUUUGUUUCAGAUGACCCAUCAAAGUUGAGACCUGAAAAUAUUCAGAUUAUACUGAAGACUUUAACUGCACAUAUGAGAGACAAAGGUGGCAUGCCUGACAUCGGUUUUUUGCUGUUUGACAUUUUAUGAUUACAGGGAUUUGGUGAACGGUAUUUCCAGAGAUUUGGUUGUUAAUAAAACACAAUAUUAUCGUGCAAUUUAUAUAACUGAUCUCACCGAGUAAGAUAAGACUUAUUAUUGUUGGAUAUUUUAUGAUUACACCACUUGCAGCCAAGAAUUCUACAUGUCAAUAUUUGAUGUUCUUAUACUAUCAGAUCAGUUCAUAUAGAAUGUGAUUUUCAGCUAUGAUCAUGUUGACAACCUUUUGAUGGAAGUCAUCUCCAUUUAAGUCAUCAUUUCAGUUAUGAACAGUGCGGCUCCAUCUUCAGGUUACGUGCUUGUCCAUUUUGAAUUUGCCCUGUAAUUAUUGCAGGAGGGUCCGCUCCUAGUUUGGUAUAAAGGCUUGGGAAGCUUUGAGUAGGACAUCAUCAAUGGACCAAAUUAUCCACAACUCAGAUGAUCAUUCAUGGGAUCACCUUUAGUUCACUAUAUGCAAUAUGAGGAGGCAUUUACUUUCCAGACGGUUCUCAAAUCUUUUACAAGAAAUCCAUAAGCAUAUUUGUGAUCAGCUUUGAACUAUAACCUUGUAAAAAUUUUAAGCUCAUUUAUUUGUUUUCUUUUCUGAUUCA